UUCAACGUCACCGAAUUCGCAGUGUGUACCGCGGCGUAUUCAGGAGCCUGGCGGAUAUUUCCGGUUUACCCCAUUUGCAGAGUAUACAUCAUGGCGCAGAUGGCCAACUCCUUUUUCACUGGUCUGGAUUCCAUUCGGGAUAUGUCUUUCGACUCCCCUUCCUCCAUCGCUUCCCGGUCCCUUCUGGUCAGUUCUCCGCCCCAUCAUUCUCGACUGGAAUUCGGAACCUGGGCCAAUCCGUCUCCUAGUCCGACGCUGGAACGUGGCGUGCCCGUGAUGCUGCCUCCUCCGCUGACUCCGCUGGGGCGAUUCAACCGUGGAAUUCCCAGCAGCUCCCGUGCAGCUCGACUGGCCAUCUUGCGGGAUCCCGGGAACAGUCAUGUGGUCUGGAGCGUGGCGCAGCCACCGCGGAACUGUGGCACAAGCUCGCCGUUCUGCAAGGUAUUUUUGGGUGGUGUGCCGUGGGAUAUCACGGAAACGGACCUGCAGAAAACGUUCGGGGUUUUUGGCCCACUGCGCGUGGAAUGGCCGGGUGUGCACGACCACUCUUCAACGCAGCGUCCAAAAGGACACCUGUACCUGCUGUUUGAAGACGAGCGCUCGGUGAUGAAGCUGUUGGCCCGGCGCUCCAACGACGGGCAUCACAACCAGCAUGGCAGUGGCCGAACCUGGAGCGGCGUCGCUGGAGGUAACGGCAAUGCGGGAUGCGGUGGUGGCGGCGCGGUACAUGUCAUAGCCGGACCGGGGCGUGGUGCGGGCAAUAUGUGGCACGGUCGCGGCGGUGGGAAUGGAGAGAAUCAUUGCGGUGGAGGUGGCGGAGCCGGGCAGCCACAAGGGCGACGUGAGCUUCCGGAACCUCGUCAGAUUAGAUUUCAACUGGACCGCAGGGAUGCAUACCGAGAGCCGGGUCCCUUUCAUGCCAUUCGCGGCAUCAACUGGCAGUCUGUUCCGCCACCCGAUGCGAAUUCCGUGCUGACCCUCCUGCAUGGACACGAAUACUUCGGUGCCUUCAUUAAUUUCGCUGUUAACCCUCGGUUCUACCCUGGAGUGGGAGAACACGGACGGGAUCACAUUGUUUUCCGUUUGCUGCCCGGGACCAGUGUCCAAGCGGCUGCCCAGGAGCGGGAAUAUUAUCGGGUGUAUCCCGUCACCACCUGGGGUGUCCGCGUGGGAUGUGAGCACGUCGGGACUGUGUUUUUGUAAUGGGAUCGCACGUCGGGAUUAUCAAGGCCUCUGCGUUACAGCCAAAGUUGUAGCGGGACAUUUCGUCGAUUGUUAUUAGCCGCUGUUUCUAACUUUUAGUAGUGUUUGUUUUAUAGUCGUAUUUGUACCGGCAUAUGUACGUGUUUAGUCGCCAUAUUUGCGUGGGUCACAGCACUCCUUAAAUCAGCACUAUCCUGUGUACCUGUUAAUCGUUUAUUAACUGCAUGUUUGAUGAUACUGUGUGUUGAUGAAAUUCCUGAAUUUUAAUGUUGGUUUUUUGUAAUACGCGACGCUUAAUUUGCGGUAAUUAACGUGAUCAUUGUGUGUUUUGAUUUGAUUAAA